GCGACGAACGUUGAUGGCGGGUGUUUCGGAAGCUGAAAAAUCCCACAGCUAAUACGUUUUUGACCUAAGAUGGCACAGAAAUUUACUCCUAAAUUUUGGAAGCCGGGGUCAGAGGAACCCAUAACACCCUUGGAGGAAGAGAGGAAGUCAACGUCAGAGGAGGCAGCCACAGCGUUUGUUUACAACCCAGAUAUAUCCAAGUCCAUCGAAAAACAACGACAAAAAUUGCCUGUUUUCCAACUUCGGAAUCAUAUCCUGUACUUGUGUGAGACAUAUCAGACUGUAGUCAUUGUUGGAGAGACUGGAUGUGGGAAAAGUACACAAAUUCCUCAGUACCUGUUGGAGGCGGGCUGGGGAGCUGAAGGUCAUGUGAUAGGAGUCACACAGCCCCGGAGAGUCGCAGCAGUCACGGUGGCGACACGUAUUGCUGAAGAGCGGGGCACUAUACUUGGAGAGGAGGUUGGCUACACCAUCAGGUUUGAUGACUGCUCCGACAAAACGAGGACUCGCAUAAAGUUCAUGACAGAUGGUAUGAUGAUAAGGGAAAUAAUGGAAGACCCCCUGCUAAGGAAGUACAGUAUUUUGAUGUUGGAUGAGGCCCAUGAGAGGACGCUUAACACAGACAUUGUGAUGGGACUCCUGAGGAAGAUAAUGAAGAAAAGGGAGGACCUGAGGAUCAUUGUGGCCUCGGCGACACUCAAUGCUGAGGAAAUGAAGAAGUUCUUUAAUAACAAUGACACAGGAGAAAGAAGACAUGACAAGGCCACCAUUCUGUCCAUAGAAGGUCGGACGUUUCCUGUGGAUAUCCACUACAGUUUAGAUCCCGUACCGAAUUAUGUGAAGGCUACCGUUGAUACUGUCAUGAAGAUCCACCAUGGAGAGAAACCUGGAGAUGUGCUGGCCUUUCUAACCGGACAGGAUGAAGUCCAGAAGGUUGUGCGGCUAUUGAUAGAGGAAGCCAGACGUAUCCCUAAAGACAAACUCAAGAUGAAGGUUGUACCUAUGUACGGUAGUCUGCCAGCAUCUGAACAGAUGAAGGUUUUUCAAAAGACACCGUUUAAUACAAGGAAGAUGGUGAUAGCCACAAAUAUUGCAGAGGCAUCUAUAACAAUAGACGCAAUUGUAUACAUUGUGGACUGUGGCUUUGUGAAAUUAGUGGCUUAUAAUCCCAAGACUGGAGUAGAGUCGUUAGUGAUUAUUCCUGUAUCCCAAGCAUCAGCCAAUCAGAGGGCUGGUCGGGCUGGCAGAGUGCGUGCUGGGAAGGCCUUCAGACUCUACACAGAGACAGCCUACGAUGAGCUGUCGCCAGCCACAGUACCGGAGAUGCAGCGUAGUGACAUGGCGCCUGUUGUUCUGCAGAUGAAAGCUCUUGGGGUCGGCAAUGUUUUACGCUUCAACUUUCUCUCACCCCCACCAGCCCAGAACAUGGUUCGAGGUCUGGAGCUACUGUAUGCUCUGGGUGCGAUGGAUGACAAUGGUAUGCUAACCUCACCCUUGGGAUUACAAAUGGCCGAGUUUCCGCUGUCUCCCAUGUUUGCCAAGAUGUUGCUGGUAUCUGGAGAGUACCAGUGUUCCGUGGAAGCAGUUGCCGUGGCGGCGAUGACCCAGAUACAGAAUGUUUUUGUGACUCCCUCUGGUCAGAGGAAUACAUCCGACAAGAUGAAACGGAAAUUUUCAGUAGACGAAGGAGACCAUGUAACCCUCGUCAACGUUCUCGCUGCUUUCCUCAAGUAUGGUAAGAGUAAGAAGUGGUGUCAUGAGUACCUAUUGAACUACAAGGGCCUCACACGGGCCGUCCAGAUCCGAGAUCAGCUCACUCGACUCCUCACACGAUUCAACAUUCCUAUCGUGUCCUGUGAAGAAAACGUCGACAAUCUACGACGCUGUAUCACCACAGGCUUCUUUGCCAAUGCUGCAUAUCUCCACUAUUCUGGAGAAUAUCGGUCAGUCAGGGAUGACCACCACCUUCACAUCCACCCAACUUCUGUCCUGGCUGUUGAGAAACCCCCUCCAUGGGUUGUCUUCAAUGAAGUGGUUCAGACCAGCAAGGACUACAUGAGAGACAUCACGGUCAUCAAGCCUGGCUGGCUGGCCGAGCUCGCCCCACACUUUUACCAGUUUGGUACAGAAAGAGAAAUUGCAGCGAAACGAUCAAAGUAUAUUUAGGAGAACGGACCAUGAUGGAAUGAAUGCCCUUAACAGGAUGAGUACUUCCCUUCAGGUGACCUGACAUACCACUGACCUGACAUACCGCUGACCCGACAUACCGCUGACCGUCAGCAGAGAGACGCUUCACCUGGUUACAGGUCGAUUUCAAGGAGACUCCGAGAAUUGCAGAUGAAAAAAACAGUCACCUAUCUUUUGAGGGCUGUGACUGUGAAAAGUAUAUUCUGAAUUAUGUCCAGUUUUUCUUCAGAGGAUAACACUUUAAUCAACAGUAAGGAGAAAACUUGUACUUUGACUAUUUCAAAGCUUCUAAACAGCUUGGAGUAUUUGGUUGACUUUGAGAUGAAUGCACAUGAUCAUUUUGACCUAUACAAAACACAUAUCUCUAAGAGUGUCAACUCUCAGAUCAUCUUCACCAAGUUCAGAAAAUUAGAUCAUGAAACAUUUGUGAAUGAGAAUGUCUUUGUUUAAAUGCGAGAAAUAAAUGAGUAAUAGAAUCUGUCACCCCAUUGGGGGCGAGAUAGGGGAAUCUUAAGAAUCUUUACCCGAGGGUUGAGAUUCCCCCAUCUCAUCUCAAGGGGGUGAAUGAUUCUUUUUCUCUUACCCUAUUCUCCCAUUGUGAUCAUGUACAUAAUGUAAUGAUAAUAUUACAGGCUAAAUUCAGGGCUGACGUGAUGUCAUUGUAUUGUUGACAUGAUGUUAUGAAUAAGAGAAUCCUCCCCUCUCAACCCUAGGGUGAGACAAGGAUAUCUCACAACGGUGAAAGUGUGGAUACACCUGUCCCGGGUAAGAGAAAAUGUUGUCUUUGUUUAGAUGUUAGAAUUAAUGAGACUGCUGUGUCUUUGUUUACAUGUAAUAUACGAGAAUGAAGUUAAGAUGUGAGCAAGAGUGAGAAUAUCCACUUUGUUAAGAUUUGUUACCGAGUAAUUUUAAUCUAGAGAACAUGCAUUUUUAAAUAAAACAAAUUUGUGAUAGUGAA